GCCCAAAACUCCACCCAGAAAAAGAGACGAAAAAACAAAAAUAAAAUCUUGCGCCGCUUAUCCUACCAGAAAGUCCUGCACCUGCAUACCAGUCCUGCACCAACAUCGCCGUAUCACAGCGGAACCUCGGGAUCUUCGAGGUCGUGAUCCCACCUCCCCCCCCUUCGCCGCGGAUAGGACGUAAUGAGAUAGCUGCGACACCGAACCAUGAUCGAGUUCUAUUGUGUCGAUCAUGCAUGCGUAGAGGGUGUGGUAAGCAAUCUUGUACCAGGUGAGCCACGUGAAGAAGACGGGGUCCAUUAUCCUUCAUAAGGUUGGUGAUAUGAUGCGACUUCGACCACAAUCAAGAUACCUCCCUCCCACCUCUCCAAUUUCUGUAACUCUCCACACCACCCGUCUUUGGCAAUGGAUAUCGUCACAUGGAGUCUCGAAAAUGAGUCGUACGAUCAGGAUAAACCAAUAUACAUUGAUAGCCGCGACGCAACGCGCUCGCUCUCCGCCAAUGACGUUCGGAAGCAGGUCAGACAACUUGUCAGUGGUUUCAAGAACCACGACCUGGUAAAAGGCGAUUGUGUCUGUGUUAUUAGCUUUAACGAUAUUCACUAUACCAGUCUUUAUCUCGGGAUCAUUGGGGCUGGGGCUUGCUUCACUGGCGCAAACCCAGGUUACACAGCACAUGAACUCACCCAUCAUCUCAGAAUAACUCAAGCCAAGUUCAUCCUCACUGCACCCAAAACUUUGGAUAUCACACUUGCCGCUGCCGCUGCCUGCGAGAUCCCGCGCUCCAAGAUCUUUGUCUUGAACACUCAAAAUGAGACCGUACCAGAGGGCCAUCAAUCGUGGGACCGCUUACUCGCUUGUGGUGAGGAAGAUUGGGUACAAGUCGAAGAUCCUGAUAACACGACCGCAGCGUAUGUCUCUACAAGCGGGACAUCGGGGGUUCCAAAGGCGGCAAUCAUUCCCCACUCAUAUUUUGUCUCCCAGGCGGAGUUCCAAGAGAAGACUUCCGUAGUGCGGUACAAGAACUCUAGUCUCAUAGCAAUCCCUCCUUUCCAUGUCUUCACAAUGCCGGUGCAACACGCGCUGCCUCUGCGGAGUGGGAUCCCAACGUACAUCAUGCCACGGUUCGAAGCACAAGGCUUUAUCGAUGCGGUAGAGAAAUUCCGCAUUGCGCAUACUCUGGUCGUGCCCCCGAUUAUGUUGGCAUUGGCAAAUUGCGAAGAGAGCUCUAAGCUCAAAUCGCUGAGGAGGAUCUGUGUUGGUGGAUCUUGCGCGACGGAUGGCAUGCAGCAGCAGCUUUAUACGAAGCUGUCUCCGUCGGCAAAGAUCGAGCAGGUGUAUGGUAUGACCGAAACAGGGUGGGCGACGACGUGGCAUGAGCGUAAGCAAGAAAGCACAGGAAGUGUCGGCCGCCCGCUGCCGGGGAUGGAAUUGCGAGUGGUGGACAAGGAUGGGAACGUCAUUACUGAAGAAGGCGUAAACGGCGAGCUCCAUAUCCAUUGUCCCCAUCCCAUGAAAGGAUACUUGAACAACGAGGCCGCGACUAGAGAGGCUUUCUCGGAAGAUGGCUGGGUCCGCACUGGCGAUGUCGGCUAUGUUCGAGAUGGGAGAUGGUAUGUCAUUGAUAGAACAAAGGACUUGAUCAAGGUCCGUGGUUGGCAAGUGAGCCCUGCGGAAAUCGAGGCCAUGUUAGUGGAACAUCCCGACAUCACCGACGCAGCUGUGAUUGGUAUCGCCGCUCCUGAUGGCGCUGGCGAAGUCCCUCUCGCGUUCGUUGUGAGGAAUGAGGACACGUUGAAGGAGGAUGAUGUCAAGAACUUCUUGCGUUCCAAACUUGCUCGAUACAAGGGCGUCGAAGAAGUGAGGUUCGUGGACUCGAUACCGAGGAACCCAACUGGAAAGGUCCUGCGACGUGUUCUCCGCGAUGCCAGAGGACCUAGAGAAGUACCAGCAAGAGCACAGCUCAGAGAGGGAAUCAGAAGGGGAAUCAGAAGCAUCUCAAAGUCAUAG